CUGGAACAGCUGGAACAGCUGGGCCCCGCUGCGCUGCCCAUGAAUCUUUUGGAGAAGGUGGGCCACUUUAUUUCCAAACGAGGCGAUUACAUCCAGGAGCAGAUCAGUGGCAAGCGCGUGUUUUCAGCUCAUGUCACCAAUGCCACGGAUGAGGUCUUGGAGCUCUCAGGAAAACCCAUUGUGAGCUAUGGCAGGUGCAACCACUUCUCCCGGCUAAUGCCUGGGGAAGCUGGAAAUUUGAGCUUUGAACACGACGGCGAACAUGGCGGUGCCUUUGAAUUCUCCUUGGAAAAAGAGCGCUUAUUCUUGGGGCAGUACAUGCGUGCCAGUUACUCCUCCCUGUUUGGAAGUGAUCAGUUUGUGAUGGAGUUCUCCAACAAGACGCUGAAGCAGUUCUACAUGAACAUGCCGCAAAACUUCAUGGGUCUUCCAAACCGCGGGGAAUCGCGCACCGAAAGUCAAGAACAUGCAGCAAUUGUUCGCAAGGCCACUUGCUCCACCACCAAUCAGGUGGAGAUCCUGUUGGUUGCCUCCAAGGAUCUUCACAUUUUUCAGGAUUUGGAUCCACUGGACAGCCUGCAGCACCUAGCGCUGGCUGAGCUGUGUAGCCCAGAGCUUUUGAGCAGCGCAGUGUUCUUGGAGGAGUUUGCUGCACUUCGGGACUCACUAGAGCACAGCAAAUCCUACGAGCAAGUCUAUGCCUGCGACCUCCUGGUGGAUUCUAUGGUGGCCACAGGCCUUUGUGGGAAAGCCUCUCAAGACGCAUGUAGCGCUUGGCGCAACAGCAAAGCAAAAUUCCCAGCUGCAACUUUCAAACUUGCUCCGUAUCGUUACUUUCAGCAGCUUCCCUCGGAGUUGCUGGAAGUUCAUCUCAAUGUGUGUCAUGGACUGCUACGGAGCACGGCAUUGCGCUGUGGAGAAACGUUGGAGCCGAUGGUUCAAGAGUUGAAGGCCCAAGGUCAAUGGCCACCAGCACUAGAACUGCAAUCGGAAAAAGCUGUGGUCGCAGAGGGUGAAAUCGGCUUUGCCAGCAACGAUGCCAUCAUGGCCACGCAUUUGCAAAAUGACGAUGAUCCUCAAAAGGCCACCUCCAGAGCCAGUGUUUGUGCUGGGGAGUCUGCUGAGACUGCCGACCGCUUCUUGCAGAACCUCGUGAGGCUUUGUGUGAACACCUCCUGUACGGCCCUCUUGCGGCGCCAGCGGUUGCUUGAAAAGUUGGAUGCCGGACAUGGAAAAUUACAGGCAUACAUGCGACACGUUCCAUUGUCUCGAAGAUCUGGCUUGCUGAAGCAGGGCCUCAAACCCGAGGGGCAGAAGUUCGAAGUCUAUUGCGCUGAGAUCUUCCACACAUUGGAAGAGCAGACCAGUGCAACAGCCUUGCUGGAAUCCUUGGGUGAAAGUUCUGGUGAGUACAAGAGCCUGUCAACCAACUCGAAAUCUGGAGAGUUUUUUUUCCUCUCCCAUGACAGGAAGUUUCUCAUUAAGACAGUUUCGGAGGCCGAAGGGCGUCUUCUUUUCAGGAUGUUGCCUGAGUAUCAAGAUCAUAUUCAUUCCCUCCCUGCAUCGCUCAUUGUGCGCUUCGCUGGGCUUUAUCAUGUAGAAGUGGGAAGCGGAAGUUGGAAAUACUUCCUCGUGAUGAAGUCGGUUUUUGACCCUUCUUGUGAAAUCCACGCCCAUUAUGACCUCAAGGGGUCACUCUACCAUCGCAAGAAGAAGGAGGGCGAAUCCUGCGGCAAGGACGAAGACUGGAUCAACGCCAAGCUCUUGGUCCAGGUCCCCGAGCCGCGACGGCGCCAGAUGUUGGAGGCCCAUGAAGCGGAUGUGUCCUUUCUGAAGGGGCACCAUGUCAUGGACUACUCCGUCCUGGUUGGGAUCCACUACCCAGAGAGAAGCCAAAGCACAGCGAGCAAACACGCUGGCAUUGUAGCUGCUGGUGGGAAGGAGGUCUACUUUCUGGGCUUGAUUGAUUUCCUGAUCCAUUUUGGUUUUCGAAAGCAAGCCGAGCAUUUGCUGCGAGCAGCGCAGGGUCAUGGGGCCGACACCAGCUGUGUGGACCCAGCGGACUAUGCCGCACGCCAGGCGCGGUUCUUGCGCUCCAGCAUCUUCUCCCCUGCAGACCCGGACAUGGGCACAGCCGGGAUACUGAAGGUGCAAGUGAUUUCGGCCAAGAACCUGCGGAAUGCGGACAUUAUCGGUGCAUCUGACCCCUAUGUGGUGGUCACUGUGGGUCUGCAAAGUGCCCAGACGCAUGUCAUCGAGGACAAUUUGAACCCCACUUGGAAUUGCACAUUGUCCCUGCCGCUGAAUAACAGUCAUUUUGGCCAAGACGUGGAAUUUUCUGUUUGGGACAAGGACUUUGUCCGCACAACGCAGGGAUCUGAUGACUUUCUGGGAAGAUUACGCCUACCCAUGGCCAAGCUCUUACAAAAGCGAGCGGCGGAGCUGAAUCAACGCUUGGAGGACACCAGCAAGGGUGAGCUCCACGUCAAAGCAUGGCUUGAGCACGAAACACAGGGAGGCUAUCCUUCCACACCCAGUGCGGUGUGGGAAUUUGAGGUAAAGGCAGGUUUUGAGAGCUUUGACCCUUCCAGCCAAAAGGUCUUGGAGGAUUUGUACCAAGCAUCGCUGGCAGGAGGUGCUCCCAGCGUCAAGAUCCGCUCGGGUUCCGUGGAGGUUUGGGUGGACUUCCGCGCGAUGACUCAGCAGGUGGUGGGCGGAACCCGCACACGGCCCAUCCGACGCCGAGCCAUUCGGCAGUCCUGAGACAGUCGGAGGCUGCGGAGGUUCGUAUCAUUGGGGAUGGAUCAAGCCAUUCGGGG